CACUUGGCUUUCCCAAUCAGGUCAGGCACUGCACACACACAGUGCACCUUCUCCUCGGGAUCCCCCCCCCCCCCGCUGGCUCGGCUCCACUGGAUCAGCUCUGCAGGCUAAUCUAGAUCAGCUGUGGUGUGGCAGCCGGCGAGCCUUCAUGGGCCUGCUGCUUUCCAUUGCAGGGGCUGCCAGCGGGGGUGGGGAGGGGUGCAGACACCUCCCUACCAAAAGCUGAACCGAAAAAGACCAUCUGUCAGUAAGUGCCCAGCCCACCCAGUCAUGGACCAAGGUCUCCAGUUCUCUUUCCUGUUGGGGGUCACUGAAGCUGCAGAAUAAUAUGGAUGAAGUUAAGUACUUCUGAGCCUUGCGGACUUCAGUGAAAGGAAAUAAGCACGUGCUUUAAUUUCUCGGAUUGAACCCCACUUGGCUUAAGCGGCUGGUCCCAAGACUCCAUUAAACAUUUACCUCAAAGACAUCAUCAGAAACCGAAUGAAUGCCUCUCGUGAACUAAAACCAAAGCGGCUGACUAGCUGCCAGCUUAUUAAAGGAAUUGAGACGGGCUCAGAAGAUAUCGAGAUACUUCCUAACGGCCUGGCUUUCAUUAGUUCUGGUUUGAAAUACCCGGGGAUACAGAGCUUUGCACCGGAUAAAAGAGGAGAAAUACUGUUGAUAGAUCUAAAUGAACAAAACCCUCGACCAGUGGAGCUCAGAAUUAGCCGUGGGUUUGAUCUGGCAUCUUUCAACCCCCAUGGAAUGAGCACGUACAUUGGGGAUGAUGAUUCCGUGUACCUCUUUGUUGUAAACCAUCCACAGUACACAUCAACGGUGGAGCUGUUUAAAUAUGUGGAGGAUGAUAAUUCUCUUGUGCAUCUUAAAACAAUCAAGCAUGAACUUCUGGGAAGCGUGAAUGAUAUUGUGGCUCUGAGUCCAGACAGUUUCUAUGCCACCAACGAUCAUUAUUUCACAGGGCUGUCCCUGAUGUUCUUGGAGAUGUUUCUGGGUUUAUCCUGGACAAACGUUAUCUACUACAGCCCAAAAGAAGUUAGGGAAGUGGCAUCAGGAUUUUACUCUGCCAAUGGAAUUAAUAUUUCACCAGAUGGACAGUAUGUCUAUGUUGCCGAUUUAAUGGAUCACAACAUUCAUGUCUUGCAAAAACAUGCCAAUUUCAGUUUAACUCCUUUAAAGGUGCUACAGUUGGACACUCUAAUUGAUAACAUAUCUGUUGAUCCUUACACUGGAGAUAUUUGGGUCGGAUGUCAUAUCAAUGGCUUCAAGCUGUUCUUCUAUGAUCCAGAAAACCUUCCUGGUUCUGAGGUCCUUCGCAUUCAGGACAUCCUUUCCGAGAAGCCUACAGUCAGCCAAGUGUAUGUUGAUGAUGAUGGGUCAGUCAUUCAGGGAAGCUCAGUUGCCACAGUGUAUGGCAAGAAGCUCCUUAUUGGCACUGUAUUUCACAGAGCGUUAUCCUGUGAGCUGUAACUUGCCCAUCAUGGACUUUGCCACAUGAAAAAGAGUCAGCGUCAUCUGCCACCUGCAGUUCUGAAAUGGCUAAAUCUAACCUGCAUUGCAAUCAAGGUGAAUUGGCAUGUUUCUGGCUUUUUUUCUCCAGUCAGAAAUGCAAGAACUACUAUGAUUUUAACAAGGAAGCAGCAAGGAAGAAAUGUUGGAUAUUUGCAGUACGAUUGGAUUGAGACUUAAAUUACAUGUCCCUUUUGUCUAGAAAGGACAUGACAUCCUACAUGGAAGGCUGCUUAUGACUUGCUGCCUUCAGGUCCAUGGAGGAAAAUAAAGACCACCCUUAAUAACGCACUGAUGUCAGAAGUUAUUUACAAACACUGUCAUUCUCUUGGGGUACUUAAGCUUUUUUAAAAGCUCUAAACAUUUGAGACCUUUGUAGUGUAUUUUUUGCUUAGUUUGUGUUCUACGUUGUGUUCAUACAUGUGCCUUGUCCCUUAUGGGAAUCUCACCCCUCCCUCACACACAGGAUUUUCUUUCUUGCUGGCUGAGCAGCCCCUGUAUCUGUUUUCUUCUUGUAAGUUGAUCUAUGGCUGUCCUUCCAUCAGAUUAUUAUAUAUUUUGGUGCUGGUGUAGCCCAACAACUUGAGGGAAAAGACAAAACCACCAUCUUAUCUUCUAC